AUGCAUUAGAAUGAGGAGCUCAUUAUAUUGAAGUAUGCAUCUAUUAACUAGGAAAAGAAGGCUUCGAUAUAAUAGAUGAUGGAAAAGGCAUAGAUGAAAGUGAGUUUACUAAUGAAUAUAUAAGAUGUAUGCCUAAAAGAUAGAGAAAUGAAAUAUAUAAGACAAGAAGCUUAGGCUUCAAAGGAGAAUCCCUAGAUUCACUCAGUAGAGCUGCAGAGCUAACAAUAAUUAGCAAGUAAUUAGAGGAAGACUUAUCGACGGUUUGAGCACUAUAUUUGCUACAGAUAGGUAGAUUUCCUUGGAAGUUAACCUGAGGAGAAUUUUAGAGAGUGUCUUCAUAUAUACAUUAAUAACAAACCAGUUGAGUCUACAAAAAGAAUGAAAGCUAUUUUUUAGCAAUUAUAUCGAGAUUUUAUGAUUGCCGACAAAACCAUACCGUUUGUGCUCAUGAAUAUUGAAAUGUCUCAUCAAAGUUAUGAUUUAAAGUUGCAAGCUGAUAUUAGAAAAUUCUUUUUUAAGCCAGAGAUUGAAAAAGUAGUAUAUGAGAAGAUUAGAUCAUUGUUUUUGUAGAGGUUCAAUAAAAUUUAGUAGUAAGACAUAUAAGAAAUUCCAGGAUUUGACCAAGAAGAAUAAAAAUUUUAGUCUCAAGAGGAAAGUCAAUAGUUGAAUCAAUAUUUCAAUAAUAAUGAGUUAUUGAAUUCUGAGAAUCAAUAUGAAUAGUAUGAAGAUUAAAGUUUACACUAUCCAAAAUAAUAAAUCAUCAAGGUUAGCAAAUCUGUACUAAAAAAGAAAUUGAAGAAGCUUAAGUAUCGCAAAUACCCUCUGAAGCGAUUGGUUAAUGUAUAUGUAAUCUCAAAUUCUCCAGCAGUAUCAGAUGAUGAAGAGCAGCAAUAAUUGUCUAAAAUAUACUAGAAUGUCGAGAUUGAUUGUAGUGAUAUAGAGGAGAUAUCGGGAUCAUAGCAGGACAUUAAGAGACUUAAAGUAUGUGAUUUAAAUAUGUUAAAGUAGGAGAAAUAAUCUUAAGAAAUAUCAGAUGGAGAUUCUUUAGAAUAUGAUGAUUAAGAUAUGAGUGAAAUGCAAUCAUGCUUUUCAGAGCAAUCUACGACAGCAACUUUUUACCCAGAUAAUAAUUAUUUAAACUGCAAUCUGUCUUCACUCUCAAUGAUAGACCUUGAUCAAUACUUCAAUGAAUAAUUCCAAAUAUUCAAGAGUGAUAAGAGUCUGUAAUUCACUCUUGAGCAAAUGGUGCACAAUCAAAUUUCUGAAUACGAAGAGUAUGAGAAUAAUGAAUAGUACAUCCAAGUCAGUUUCAAAAGGAGAUUGAGACCUUGA